UUAGCUUGUGUCGACAAGACUGACAAUUCAUAUGAGCCGGAAUGAAUCAUUGAAUGUGAUUGCAACAUCAAAGCACCAAGCAUCAAAUAGACGGUUAGGAACACGCGAUUGCUUGUACACGUUUUACAUUCGUUUAGAAUUCAUUUGAUAUGAGAAAUUUGUUUUAGUGUGAGUUUCUGGGCAUUAACGAUUGUUAUCUGCUUCGUUGUAUUGUUGCAAUGAGAAUGUGGAAUACUACUACCUUACUUACUCACCCUAUAAUUGUUCAUAAUAAAGCGUUAUAUGGGGAGUGGUCGAAAGUGUGGUGUGAUCCGAACAAUUUUCAAUAGCUUUCGUCUGUGUACCGCAACAAGUCGUUGUAGUCAAUUUCGUCGUAAUGCCUCAAAGAUUACGCGCCUUAGGUUGUACACAGAAAGAGGGAAACAAGACGGAAAGGUGGACAGGCGGAUAUGCGGACAGAUAAGCUUAGAUCGAUUCAGAAAGUCAUUAUGACAACCUCUCUGAAUCGAUCGAUGUAACAAAUGGUGAGCCUAUCUGGGUGCUGCAUACGUCCGUAUAAACUUAAUAUAUUCUUGUACCGCAACUGGUGUACGGUAUAAAAAGUACAAAUUAUCAAAAAGCCUUAGUGACAUUUUUCUUUUUUUUCUUGAUAGAUACAACAACUCACUUAGUUAUUGCUAUAAAAGAAGCUUUUCAAUUAUUUCAGCCGUGUGACUGUAGUGCAUUACAUUAGUUAAGUUUCGGUAGAAUGGGAAAAUUAAUCUUAUAUGGCAUAGAUUUAAGUCCACCUGUACGAGCCUGUCGGAUGACACUUAAAGAGUUAAAUCUUCCUUUUGAGUACAAAAUUAUCGAUUUAUCAAAAGCAGAACAUCUAACUGAUGAGUAUUGCGCCAAGAAUCCUCAGCAUACCGUGCCAACUCUGGAAGAUGAUGGUCACAUCAUAUGGGAUUCGCAUGCAAUUAUGGCUUAUUUGGUAAAUAAAUAUGGUAAAGAAAAUGAUUCCUUAUAUCCAAAAGAUUUAUUGAAACGAGCGAUUGUUGAUCAACGUUUGCAUUUUGAGUCUGGUGUCAUAUUUGAAGGCGCGCUACGUAGCAUUACUUCACAAAUAUUUUCGGGAAACGAUACCAACAUACCAAGGAGCAAAAUUAAUGCAAUUUUGAAAAUUUAUGAUCUUCUAGAGGUAUUCCUUAAAUCGGCACCCUAUAUAGCUGGAUCGAAUAUAACAAUUGCCGACUUUAGUAUCGUUAGUACGGUAACCACUUUAUUGGCUUUCAUUGAUAUUGACGUUAGUAAAUAUCCUAAGCUAUCGACUUGGCUUAAGCGCAUGGAAUCUUUGCCGCAUUAUCAUGAAACUAACGGGAUCGGUGCUCUAAGAUUUGUCAAUUAUAUUAAAUCAAGAAAUAUUGUUAUAAUUGAUUGUCGCAUCACAAAUAUGGGAAAAUUAAUUUUAUACGGUUUAGAUGCCAGUCCACCGGUACGGGCUUGUCUAAUGACGUUAAAAGCAUUAGAUAUUCCGUUUGAAUAUAAAAUCGUUGACUUGCUAAAUAAGGAACACCUUAGUGAGGAAUACUGCGCUAAGAAUCCCCAACAUACCGUCCCCACCUUGGAGGAUGACGGCAAUUUUAUUUGGGAUUCACACGCUAUUAUGGCUUAUUUAGUAAGCAAAUACGGCAAAGAUGACGCCUUCUAUCCCAAGGAUCUAUUGAAAAGGGCUGUUGUCGAUCAGCGUUUGCAUUUCGAGAGCGGCGUUAUGUUCCAAGGUGGUCUACGCAACAUAACCGCUCCGUUGUUCUUCAAAAAUGAAACGAAAAUACCGCGAAGCAAAAUAGAUGCGAUUGUCGAUGUUUACAAUUUUUUGGAAUUAUUUUUAAAAAAUGGACCUUAUAUGGCGGGCUCGCAUUUGACGAUUGCCGACUUCAGCAUCGUUAGUACUGCUACUUCUUUAGUGAAUUUUGUGGAAGUUGAUGCUGGCAAGUAUCCGAAACUUGCAGCUUGGCUUAAACGGAUGGAAACUUUACCAUAUUACCAAGAGACCAAUGGAAAAGGUGCUCAAAAAAUCAAGGAAAUGAUUAAAAUGAAAGGUUUCACAAUUCUCGAUUAACGACUGUGCAUUUAAUUUUGUUUUUGCUUUCCUAAAGUAAAAUACACUGUAAAUCGAUAACUUUCGAUAAACAUAUAAAAAUAUAUUCUGCACGCAUAC